AUGGCAGUAUUGGAGGCACCAGGGACGUCAGUCAGCAGGAAGAGGAUGCGCUUCACGGUACCGCCAACACAUGCAUAUUCAGGUUUUGGGGGAUAUAGCAGCGAGGAAGAAAUUCAAGAGCGCACAGAAUCUAAUGGUGGCAAUGAGGAGAGGCAAGACGAAGAGGAUGGGCAGGGUCAAGAGGAAAGCCAGCACGAUCAAGAGCCCUCAGAGUCCGAGGGUGAUGAUGAGAGUCUGGAUGAAGAAGACGCGCAGGUAGAGCAGGAAAGGAAAACCGAUCAAGAGCAGUCAGAUAGUGACGAGGAGAGUGGGCCGGAUGAAGAAGACAAGCAGGUAGAGCAGGAACGGCAAAUGACUAAAGAGAGCUCCGAGCCUGAUGGUGAAGAUGAGGUGCAGGACGAACUGGAUGAGCUGCUAGAGCAGUCAAGGCAAAUGGAUCAGGAGAGCUCAGAAUCUAAUGGUGACGACGAGGAGGAGGACGAACUGGACGAGCAGGAAGGGCAAAUGGAUCAAGAGAGCUCAGAAUCUGAGGGUGAAGAUGAGGAGGAGGACGAAGUGGACGGGCAGGAAGGGCAAAUGGAUCAAGAGAGCUCAGAAUCUGGUGGUGAAGACGAUGAGCAGGACGAAGAGGGCGACCAGGAAAGACAAAUGGAUCAAGAGAGCUCAGAAUCUGAUGGUGAAGUUGAGGAGCGGGACGGAGAGGACGACCAGGAAAGGCAAAUGGAUCAAGUGAGCUCAGAAUCUAAUGGUGAAGACGAGGAUCAAGACGAAGAGGACGACCAAGAAAGGCAAAUGGAUCAAGUGAGCUCAGAAUCUGACGGCGAAUAUGAGGAGCGGGACGGAGAGGAUGACCAGGAAAGGCAAACGGAUCAAGAGAGCUCAGAAUCUGAUGAAUUGAGGAGGAGGACGAAGAGGAUGAGCAGGUAG